AUGAGGAAAUGGACCUUCACUGCUCGGCAGAGUCCCAUAUUGGAUUUCUCCAAAGCUGUUGACCUUUCGGCGGAGUUUCCCUCCGGCGCUUUUUUGCGCUUGCCCAUCGACUGGUCCGCUGUGCCGGCAGACCAACAACCCAAGCACGAGGUUGCAACCGGCAACGUAAGUAUUAAUAUGGUCAUUGGCAGGACAGCCGUCGGCGCUGGAAGUUCUGUCUCAGCUGCCGACGCCGACCAACAGUUGUACGUUGAGGAUAAGGGCAUUUUGCCGGACAACGGGCAGGAGCUACCACACUCCAUGGCGCUGCACGAUAAUACUGCGAGUUCUUCCGCGGAUAGUAACCGUAUCAGCAGCGUCAGCGGCGCCAGGACUAUGGAGGCCCUAGGGACGAUAGCAGCCGCAGUGGAUGCAAUCUGCACUAUCCACGGCGCAGCACCGUCUAAUUCUGGAGCCUCAGCCAGGAGCGAUGAGUGCAAAUCCCAGAGCCCCAUGGUGCCGCGGUAUCAGGGCUCUUGGCCUGCUGCCUCAGAAGCAGUAGCAUCCGAACCGCCGGGGCUCAUGGCCAUGCGGCGUGUGGAGGUCGUUCAGACACGGGAGCAUGCACUGCUGGAGCAGCUGCAGCAUGCACUAGCGGAGGCAGAGAGGACGCGGGGAGAGCUGGAGGAGGCUCGCAAAGCGCUGGAGAAUGUCAAUGAGGUGGGCACUGCGAAAGAGGUGGCGGCAUGCGGCACUGCUGCCGUUUUGGAGCUGGAGAUGGCCCUUGUGGCCGAGUCAGCGCGUGUCCUCGAGCUCACUCAGCGCAGUGAGCAAGCGGAGGCAUCCCACCGCGCCGAGCUGCAGCAGCUGCGCUUGCAGCUGGAGACUGCAUGUGAGCGCUUGCAGCUUGCAGACACGGAGCACAAAGACCUGCAUGCCGCACAUGUUGCUACACAGGAGGAGCUUAAGCAGCUAUCCGUGCAACUCGCGGCUGCCCGAAGCGAGCUGGACACUCUAAACCAGGAACGGGAUCACCUUCAAUCAGACCAUGCGCGCCUUACCGAGGAAGCCCAAAAGGAAAUCGCCACUAUGGCAGAGGAGGCCUCGUCCCUGUAUAAAUGCACUGUCGGGAUGCAGGCUAACCAGCAGCAGUUGCAGGCGGACCUCUGGGCUGCGGAGAAUGAGGCACGGGUUGCGAAGGAGCGCUUAGCUGAUGUGCAGGCCUCCGUUGAAAUCCUGGAAGCGAAGCAGGAGGAUCUCCGCAAGGACCUUGUGGUGGCACGCAACAUUGCAGAGGACGCGACGUCCAGGCUACAGGUUGUGGAGUCUGAAAAGACUUCAGUGGUGAAGCGAGCGCGGCAGCUCCGGCAGGAGGAGCAGGUGCGUCGAAACAACCUAGCGAAGAACCUCGCCACCGUACAGGCAAUCCUGCGUGAGCGAGAGGCACAGCUGCAGGCCGCUGAGGAGGAGCUGCUAGCUGCUAAGGAGAAGCUGCAGGCCGAAGCAGUGAGUCAAUCGCGGGCGUUGGCGGAGGCACAAGCGCGCGGCGCGGAGGCAGAAGCACGGGCGGAGGCCACAGUGGCGGUGUGUGCGGCUAAGGUCAAGGUCGAACGCAGCAAGGCGGCACACCUGCAGGCAGAGAUGCAGGUCGCUAGGAGGAGGUUGCUAGAGUUGCGGAAGCUGGCCUGGCUUUGCCUAAUUUUGGCGACGUCUUUUGUGGCGGCUGCGAUCUUCAGUUGGAUUGUCCACGAGUCUGCUGGAAGUUGCCAGGUGAUGCACCUGGCGGCUAAAGUUUAG